GAUAAGCUCCGGGGUAGGGAGCAACGAUAACUAUAACCUCAACAAAACACAAUCUCGACUGGUAGAAGAAGCAGAUCCAUUCUUCCUCGUCGACGAACAAGCAUUCCACACUUGGUCUAGAUCGCUGUCGGACGCCGUCCAUCGUUGUUAGCCCUGCUCGGCUGUUCUCCGGCAAUUAUUGAAGAAGGGUCUUAAGGAAGGCGAGGCAAGCAUUAAUUUCGGUUUUCAUUCAGAGAAAAAAACCAUGUCAGUGACAGCAGGCGUUAGUGAUACAAUAAUAGCUAUAAGGGAUAAGCUCCGGGGUAAAAUUGGGCAAACAAAAGUUAAGCGGUAUUGGCCGGGUAAAGUUCCUGAAUGGGCUGAUGAUGAGAAUGAAGAAAGCGAUAUCAGAACGGCCAAGGAAGCUGGAGAAAAGAAAGCAUUUCCUAGUCAAGAAGAUUCUGGUAUUGUUAAAAAGGAUGAUCCUAGGCUCCGUCGAUUGGCUGAAAGCAGAAUAGAUAAUCGUGAGGAAGUGAGAGCUGCUCAUCGGCGAAUUCGGCAAGCUGAAAUUGUUUCUACAAUUGAAGAGGAAGCCAGGAGACAGGAAGGGUUGGAAUUAGAGGAACAAGAUGAGGAAGCUUUGGAGGAAAGAAGAAGAAAAAUUAGGGAAAAAUUGCUUCAAAGAGAACAGGAGGAAGCACUUCCUCAAGAAGAGGAGGAGGAGGAGGAAGAGGAGGAGGAAGAAGAGGAAUCUGAGUAUGAGACUGACUCAGAGGAGGAACUUGGUGGAAUAGCAAUGGUGAAGCCUGUAUUUGUUCCUAAAUCAGAGAGAGAUACUAUAGCUGAGCGUGAACGUCUUGAAGCUGAAGAGAGGGCACUUGAGGAGGCUAGGAUAAGGAGAUUGGAGGAAGGAAAAACAGAGACAAAGCAGAUUGUUGUUGAGGAGAUCCGGAAGGAUAUAGAAAUCCAGAAGAAUUUGGACGUGGAAGCAAAUGUUGCUGACAUAGAUACUGAUGAUGAGAUUAACGAGGCAGAGGAAUAUGAAGCUUGGAAAGUGAGAGAGAUGCGGGACAGGGACGAUCGUGAGGCAAUGAAGGAGGAAGAGAUUGAGAAGUUAGAAAACAUGACAGAGGAAGAGAGGAGAGAGUGGGAAAGGAAGAAUCCAAAACCAGCUGCACCACCGAAGCAGAAGUGGAGGUUCAUGCAGAAAUACUACCACAAGGGUGCCUUCUUCCAGUCCAAUCCUGAUGAUCGAUCUGCAACAAUUGGAAGUGAUAAUAUUUAUGGUCGUGAUUUCUCUGCCCCAACCGGAGAAGAUAAGAUGGACAAGACAAUUUUACCCAAAGUUAUGCAAGUCAAGCACUUUGGCCGUAGUGGCAGAACUAAGUGGACCCAUUUGGUUAAUGAGGAUACUACUGAUUGGAACAACCCGUGGACAUACAACGAUCCACUUCGGGCAAAGUACAAUGAGAAAAUGGCAGCAAUGAAUGCAUCUAUGUCAAAACCUAAAGGAAGCAAAAAAUUGAAGGAUUGGGAAUCUCGAUAAAUUUGUAAUUUUAAUUUGCCUUGUAUUGUAUUAGACUAACAGCGUAGCAACAGAGUGGGCAACUUUCACCACACCAAGCUAUAGAAGCGGAGCAUCUCCUCUUGAAUUCAAUGACAUUAGCUUUGCUCA